ACAGAAGGAAUGAGUUAAUACUCUGAUGUCUAAAAAUAGAAUCCUUAAGGGCAGGCAAAAUAAGGACUUAUGAGGCGCAAACCGUGGGGACCCUCUUGUUUCCAUUAUCAACAAUAGGAUAACCGAAAAGAAACACAAUUUGAUGUUUCUGGUUGAAGAGGGAAACAAGAGGAGGAAAUGAUAAGAGCCGAUCCUCAGCGGCCAAAGGCAACGGAGACAGAGGUAGGAGAGAUCGACAGCAGACCUCCCUUUCAGUCCGUCAAAGCCGCUGUUAGCCUCUUCCGUGAUGUUACCCUCCCCAGAUCACGCUUCCUCUCCUCCGAGGAUAUGUCGGAGAAGGAGACUCAGUUGAUGUUAGCAGAGCAAGAAAUGGAAAGAGUCCAGCAGAGUCUGGAGACCUCCCAAGCCGCAAAAGCUCGUGCCCUCACCGAUCUGGAGUCAGCCCAGAGAAGAGCUGUGAAUUUGAGAGCUAAGGUAGACACCGCAGAAAAAUCCAAGCAAUUCGCACUCCAUACAAAAGAAGCCAUGAAUCAACGUUUAGAGCAACUUGAGAUUGAACAGUCCUGCUGCACUGCACAACAAAACGAUGAAUUGGGUAGCACCAGAGAGAAUUACAUUUUGGUUGCUGCUGAUCUGGACAUGGCCAAGCAAGAGCUCGCAGAGGUAAGGCAUCAAUUCAAACUUUCCAUGGAAGCUAAGCUAGCCGACCUCCAAAAAGCAGAGGAUGAGUUGUUCCAGGCCAUGGUUAACUCUGAGAGGAUCAAAGGCAUGUCGAAUGAGAUUUCAGAGAUGAAUGCUGCUAUUGAUCGUUUGAAGUUUGAGGCUCAGACGAAGACAGCGGAAGCAGAAAAGAUAGCUGAGGAGAGCAUCGCUGUAAGAGAAACAUAUGCGGCUAUGAAUCAAGAAGCAGCGGAUAGACUGGAGGACCUCAGGCAUGAUUAUGAUCCUCAACUGAGGAAAAAUAUGGAAGAAAGGCUAGCCGAGAUUUCUGCAGACAUAGAGGGUUUACAGGAGGAAAUUAAACACGCACAAUCCAUUAAACUAAGAGAUGAACUGAAUGAGGCUAAGAGUGUGAUGCAACAAAUUUCAGAUGAAGAACGUUCAUACAAAAGCUUGGUGAGUUCAGUCAUGAUGGAGUUGGAUCGUGUGCAGAAGCAGAACAGAGAACUGAAGGGAAAAGAAGCUGAAAGACAAGAGUUUGAAGAACGAGAGUGGCUCGAAGCAAGCCGUAAGGUUGAGGAAAUACUGUCUGAAGCUGAGAAAACAAGAAAGGAUGCAGAAGAGAUGAAUAAGAAUGUGCAAGAGCUCAGGCGAGAAGCCGAGGCGACACGGUCAGUCAUGACUGAAGCCGUGAAGCAGCUUGAAGUUGUUCUGAGAGCGGUUGAGAAAGCUAAAGGCGCAGAGAAGAGGGCUAUGGAGGACAUGAGAGUUCUAGCUGAGAAACAGGAGAGUCUGACGCAUGAAUCUGAUAAGAAGAUUAGAAUCUCAUUGCAAGAUUUUGAGGAUUUGAGAGGAAAACGAGAGGAAUCAGAGAGGUUGGUUGAGUUUAAAGCUGAAACUGUUGCAGCUCAGCUUGAAGGGAUUGAAGAAAGCAGAAUUGAAGCUGAGAAGAAGUUAGAGGCUAACCUGAAAGCUUUGGAAGAGAUACAGGCUGCGACAGUUAUUGCUUUGAGAUCAGCAGAGAUUGCAGAGGCUGCACACAGCGCAGUGGAUGCUGAACUUCGAAAAUGGAAACCAGAGGCAUGAUGAUAAUAGGUACUCAAGAUGCUUAGGUGCUUAGGGUAAAGAAAAGAAUCUGCAGAUUUUUCUUCUGAUUUCUGAACACGUAGUUAGGCACAGAGCAGGCCUAUGGUGGUCUGCCCUUCAUAGUUCUUCUGGCUAGAAGGUCCGUAUCAAGCACAGAGAAGGAUUUUCAGAUCAAGAAAGCCUUUUUCUACCUUCUUUUUUUCCUUUUACAACUAGUUAAUCUUUUGACUGCGUGCCCAGAGAGAGCUUUUGGACACAUUUACUCUUUCCAGCUAAGCCAUGCAGAAUGCGAGCUACACUACGGUGCAUGAAACUCACUUCUUCAAAGUGCAUAUUACAUAUAGAAACUAUGGAGAUGCUGAAGAGAAAUUCCUUUUCUCAUGGCCUCAACUUGUAGCUGAGAAAAUGUUCAGCCAUCACCGAUUCAUCGUCAUCGUCCUGUUAUUCAUCACGGGUGACGAGACGUUUGUGGUUCUUGAAUUUCUGCAGUUCUGACUCUCUCCAUGCCUUCAGUGGAAUGAUCCAUGCUUUUAGGGUCCUGCUUGUUCCCUGGAUGGGGGAUUGAUGCUUGAUGAAGUCGUAAAGCUGCUGAUCCAGAGAAAAACAGUACACAUUUUGGGUGGUGAACUCAUAAUCUACAUAAAACACGAGACUUGAAGGUAAACUCGUUCAAUUUCACCUCAAGAUCGUAAGAAGAAUGUGAAUGCACCUUCAAGAACUCAGCCCUUGUGCUCUCUUGUAAAAGAGGUAAAUUUUCAAGCUUUGCCUGUUUGGUUAGUAUUAACACAAAAACAAAAGUGUGGAGGUGACACCCAGAGAGAUGGAGUGAGUGUCUGAAAGAAAAGAAAAUUACCUUCCAAGAGGCAGAGUAUAUAUGGAGAAUUCACAGCGUAAUAUGUAUUUGUCUUUUAUAGCUCAGAUCAUCAAUGGACGAUUUGAUUGUAAGUAAAAUGUAUCCACAUGGGA